AACUGAAGAUGCAGGGCUGACAUCUGCCCUCCUCCGCCUCUCGCCAGCAGCCGAAUCCGUCGGCGGCCGGUGGCGGCACCGACAGAGAGGCUGUGCUUGCCCUGUGGAAGAAUGCAUCUCAGCACAUGAGGCGGGGAACGCACGCAAAGGCUCUUCGGAUCCUUCAAAAGGCCGUGGACAAGCUCGGAGGACUGGGGUCAUCGCCGCCGAUCCUCCUCCACGCAUACAGCACCGCGCAACAGCUGACCGCCGCAAUCACCGCCGACAGAAAGAUCCGGGCACGCCAUUUCAAGUCGGCGAUCGAGGCCUCUAGGCGGGCUACCGAGAUUGCGCCGGACUCGGUCGCGCUCGCCCACUCCUACGCCACCCUUCUCCUAGGAGCCUCCAGGGACAUGGACGAUGUCGACGCCAUCGUUGCCUUCCCGAGUAUCAUCGCCGAGUGCGAGCGCGGGAUCCAAAUUAAGGAACCGUCGGACCUCGCGCUCUAUGAUCUUGGUCAGAGGGACUCCGAGCACCUGACCACAGAUGUUCUUGCUGCCCUGAGCGAGUUGAAACAGCUUGUAUCGGAAGAUCUGCAGGGAAUGAAGAGAUACAAAGAAACCAAACUGAAAAUUGUUGACUUUCAGAAGCAGCAGCACGUGGCUGCCUCCGACUCGCCGCCACUCAUAACUGGACAUUGUGCUGAUCAGAGGAAAGAUAGCCUCGAACAAUCCUACGAGGUUAUAAAUGAUUCCGGGAAUUGUGCAGAUAGGGAGGCAUCAGUGGAAAUCCUUUCAACAACUGACGCUCACCCAGAUGAGCAAGAGGAAGAAACUCAAGCAGGAGGAAACUGUGGAGAAGGUAAAUCCAAAACAUUUUUCAGAACAAACCAGAAGUACUUCAGCACCUUCUGAAUUUGCUGCCGCAAUCCAAUCAGAAAUUGAACGCAUCCAGGACCAGGAUGAUAACGAUUGUUACAGACGUUUCCUAGAAGACCUGCGCCAAAGCAUUGCUACACCAGUACUGUCUUUUUUCUGCUGAUUUCCUUCUUGCUUCUCAACAAGCUAAUAUCUUGGUCCUUGAACAGCGACAGAUAGUGCAUAUAUCCAUUCAACAACCAAUUAGCAUCAUAAUAACCCAUAUGCUGUGUUUCUCUCAAAACAAAUAACCCAGAUAUUGUGUUAAUGUGUUCUCUUAUUGCUAGUUCACUACAGAUGCUUAGUUGUUAUUCAUAUAUCACAGAACAUGCUUUCCUCGUGCCCACCAUGUAAUUUAAGUAGUUUAUGCUGAACAAUUCUAUGUAAGGCUUAAUUGUAUCGUGAUAUCGUAUUACCCUGAUAAAUAAGAGUUGGUUUAUCACAAACAAAACUUUGAUGCCUUAGGAAAUAGAGAAGAUUAGUUCAGGGAAAAAAUAGUCUGUACAAACUGACUCUAAUAUAAUCAAUACAACAAUAUGUAACGAAGCUGGUAAGAGCUGCAAUUACAAGCUAUUAAAAUGAUCUAUAGAAGCAACAACUUAUACGGAUAUAUCGCCGCAAAAAACAAACAAAAAACUUGUACGGAUAUAUGUUUGAUCAGGACCUAUGAUACUAUGUCUUCUUCCAUAUUGCUCUACUGUUGUUGUACAUUUAUAAUUGCAUCCUUCAUAUCAACAGUAUGCUACGAUAAUUGUAUCCUUCAUACCAAUAGUAGCUACGAUAUCAACAGUAUGUAUAAUUGUAUCCUUCGUACCAACAGUAUGCUACGAUAUUAACACCACCUAGUCUCUUUGUCAUCUUAGUUGUUUACAAUAAUCUUUUGAGAUUAUGAUCCCUCUACUACAGUUGCAGCAUGUAUUACAAAUGGGGAAGUAGUUCAUGGGUCUGGUCUUAAAAGUGAUGAUGACGACAAGAGUUGUCUCUUGAAUGUGAUUAUCCAGUCAUUAUGGCAUUUAAGGGGAUUCCGAGAUGAGCUGCUCAAAACAUCGUCACGCUAUAAAUAUGUUGGAGAUCCUGGCGCUGUUUCUUGUGUUGUAUGUGCGUUAUGUCAUAUUUUUACCGAGUUGAGCAAAGUAUCUAAGGGGGAAGGAGAGGCUGUUGCACCUACUUCUUUGAGGAUGGCUUUGAGCAUCUCAUUCCCCGCUGAGAAGUUAAUUCGGAUGGGACAAAUGAAUGAUGCAUCUGAGGUAUUGGAGGCAAUCUUAAGACGCAUGCAUGAUUCAUACACUUAUCGUGCUGACUACCAUGCUGAAUCUCACGAGCACAAUUGUAGUGGCUCAUGGGAUUGUGCAAACAAGGAUUGCAUUGCACACACUAUAUUUGGUGCAGACGUCCAUGAAAGGAUGAUCUGCUACAGUUGUGGGUUAGAGUCUAGACAACAAAAAUAUACAUCAUUUCUCCAUUAUAUCAAUGAUUGUUCACUUAAUUAUGCAAUGAGGAUCUGUCCAGGCAAUCCAUUUGAUGAUAUUUUGAAGGCUGUGAUGAUGGAUGUCCACAGAACUUGUGAUCCUGAUGUGGGUGGCUGUGGAAAAUCAAAUCAUAUGAGCCACAGUCUCUCUAGUUCCCCUCAUGUUUUCACAGUUGCUUUGGGAUGGCAGACUGGAAAUGGGAGUGUGAGGGACAUGCUACCUCAUAUUUUGGCUGCCCUUGGGACAGAGAUAGAUUUGGGCGUUAUCUACCCUGGUGCAAGUCGACGGAGCAAACACUCCCUGGUGUCAAUGGCUUGCUUCUACAGCCAGCGCUAUAUCUGUUUUGCUAUCGAUGGCGAGCACUGGGUCCUGUAUGAUGACCAGACUGCUGAGGUUGUUGGUGAUUGGAUUCAAGUGCUCAGUAUGUGCGAGGAAAAGGAAAUGCAACCUCUGCUUCUUUUCUUCGAAGCUGCAAAUUGAUUGAUUGUUCUUCUGCCGAAAAGUUUUGGCUUAAGGAAGGAUGUUGAUUUGACGUGAAACAUUGGGAUGCUCUUUGUAAUUUUGAAAAAAUAGUCUAG